AUGUCAGAGGGAGGAGACACAGGCUCAGCCUCCCCCCGCUCUGUGACCAGCCUGGCCCAUGCUCUGAUGCUUCUCAGCGGACUGCACUUCGACAUGUUUGGCCCUGGACAGCUGGUUUCUUCUCUCCUACCUGCCAUCCUACAUUCACCGACAGCUCACUUCUUCCCUGCUUUCCCGACCAGACUGGGAGCCCAACCACCGUUCCUGAUUCCUCGACCUUUUAUCAGCUAUGAAUCUUUGAGGAGCUAUCUUCAUCCAGAGCCCUGUAAGGAGGCCCUGCUGCUGGCCUCACAGAGAGUGGGUCUGGGCCGGUUCUGCGAGAGCAUAGAUGAACAGCGGCCAGUGAAGCAGCGGCGCGCUCGGGCCAACUACAGCAGCUGGCAGCUGGAGGAGCUGGAGAAGGCCUUCGAGACCACGCACUACCCAGACAUCUUCAUGAGGGAGGCCCUGGCUCUGCGACUGGACCUCAUCGAGGUUUGGUUUCAAAACCGUCGUGCUAAAAUGAGGCGCCAGAUGAAGCUGAAGGGGCAGCUAUCAGGACCCUUCCUCCUCACAGACAGAGACUGUGACUCUGUGGGACACUCAGAGCUGUGUGACCCAGACCAGGACAGAACCUGUCCAUGGACCAAAGCCCCCGCAGCCCUGAGCCUCCACACUGUCCCAGGACAGGGGCCAGAGGAGUCGAUCUCAGAGGAGCGGCGCUGCUGCAGCAUCGCUCGCCUCAGAGCCAAAGCCCGAGACCACGAGGCCGAGCUCCAGAGUGUGAGGAGCACAGAAAAACUGUCCCAGGAUUCUGACAGCUCUGACUGA